AUGGAAGAGAUAAGGAAGGGGCGGGGAGUGGACAUACAUUGGGGAGAGAGGAAACUCUGUGAUAGAUUACAUGAUUGUCAACCAGGAGGCGACAGAAGAGAUAAUUGGCAUGAAAGUAGGAAAAAGGACAGAGUCAGACCACAUGCCGUUAGAGAUAGAAAUAGGGGGCCGGAACUACAGGCAAAGGAGGAAAAAGAAGAAGAAGAGAAGGAGAAAAGAGAAUGGACAAACGAAAGUGGGGAAAAAUACCUGGAUAAAUGCAGAGACUGGACAUGCAAUGGAAGAACAGUGGAGGAAAUGUGGACAGAAAUCAAAAAAAAGAUAAACGAAGCAGUGCCAAAGAAGCAAGUGAAGAUACAGAAAUGGGGCAUGGGGGAGAAAGCGUGGUACGACAGGGAGUGGAAAGAAAGGAAAAGAGAGAUGAGAAGGAAGAUGACGAGGUUUAGGAAAGGAAAAUGCCGCAGAGAAGUGCUUAUAGAGGAAAACAGGCAUUCAAACAGUGGUGUAAGGAAAGAAAGGAAAGACACGAAGAAGAAGAAAUGGAGAAGAUAA